GGCAUUUAGGUGCAUCUCGAGCGUACCGAGCCCCUUUCAAUUCGUCGGAUCAUAUCUUAAUCUAUUUCAUCAUUGAGGGGAGCGUCUGCUCGGCCCUCCCGUCCUCGUGGUGCUUCUUCGCUUGCACGUUAAACUAUUUGGGGUGGAAGAUGGGGACCAGGAAAGCCCACAACAAAACAAGGCUCGGUUGCGCACAGUGUAAGAAGAGACGAAUAAAGUGUGACAUAAAACACCCUACAUGCGAGAACUGUUUAAAGAGAGGGCUAGAAUGCAGUUUUCAACUUCUCGCCCCCUCAUCAAGAUUCUCGGCUUCCAACCCUUGCCAAUCACUCGUUCCCUCAUCACAUCAAGAGUUAGUCUCAGCACCCAAACAGCUCAUUGCCAAGAAGAAAGCACCGUAUGAAGUCCAUGUCUUUCGAAACGGCUCACAAGGGUCAUCUAGUCCGACUUCGACAACAUCCGCUCUCUGGGUCCCCGACAACUUCCGAAUACCCACAGAAAUUCGCUUUAACGACGUCUGGAAAGACUGCCGCUCGCUCGUACCCUCUGGCUUUCAAGAUCUCUUUGAUCACUACGAAUUUGCAACCUCUUUCUCCCUCGCUUCUAACGACCCUGCAAAAGCGGCAUGGCGUUCCUUCAUCCCCGAGCUUGCGUCUACGCAUCACUUCCUCCUGCAUAGCUUGCUAGCCGUGGCUUCGUUACACCUCGCUCGUCUACACGAGAGCACAACCGAGAAAAGAGAUCAAAUGAUGAGCCUAGCAGCUUCGCACAUGAACCGGACAAUACCGUACUACAGCACGCAGCUCCUGAAUGUGAAUGCCAAGAACGCAGCAGCACUUUUCGCGUGCUCUACACUCACCGCUGUGUACAUUUUCCGCACCACGACGCUCGACUUUGAGGAAAUACGAGCGUCAGUCCCAUCGGGCACAAAAGCCUUUACCACCGAAAUCAUAGACCGCAUUGUCCAAGCCACGGUACGCCCAUUCCAUGGUCUGCGAGGCACACUCCUUGUAUUGAGACCAGGCUGGGUGUGGGUCACAACAGGAUGUCUAGCGCCGAUUUGUUCGCGGAUAUGGUGGCCUCCGCAUAGAGUCCCCGCAACUGCGCAAGCCCAGGAUGAAAACCGACGACUUUGUGAGCUGGAAAACCUUUGGAUGUGUCCUGGUCGGGAGUAUGAAAGCCACUUUGAACACCUUUCUCAAGCCUUGCAGCUACUACGAGAGACCUUCGCGUUAGUCUCGCAGCUAACGAUCCCGGGGAAUACGUACACACCAGUGACGGCGAUCCCAUACGCUGCGAACGAUACCACCGUAGGGUGGCUAGUGGACAGAGGCGCGAUAUUCGUCUGGCCGACGAUCAUCCCGCGGGAGUUCAUCACUUUGAUGGAACAGAAGAAUCGAGAGGCACUUGUUCUGGUAGCACAUUAUGCGAUCCUACAUGGUAGGAUACGAAAUGUCUGGUGGUUAGAGGGGUUGGGGGCGAAUAUGAUUAUUGGGGUAGCGGUGGCAAUUGGUAGAGAGAAUUGGCAUCUGAUUGAGUGGCCUGCGAAGGCCGUUGGUGUGGAUUUAGAGACCUCCUUCGUUCCGCAGGCGAGGAAAGGGGAUAGAGAGGUAGUAGAAAUUGAUAUGAAGAUGGCGAUGGAUGUCGUCUAG